AUGAGCCAGAUACCAAAAACGUCUGGUUAUCAUUCCUUUGGAAAUGCACAAUACCAUUGUUGGCCAUUAUCAGCUGAUUCAAAUUCUCCAACACCUUUAACGUCUUGCUCUGGUGUCAACAUGCGAUGGGUCGUCCCUCCUCCAUCAGAAAUUGAAGCAGAAACCGAAUUUAACGUGACAUACGAACUCAUUCUAGAUACAACAUUCUAUACCUGGGCUUUUAAUAAUGGUUACUUCGACAACUCUGGGUCAUCUGGAUCCGGAUUUACCGAUGCUAUAACAGCACAAAGUUGGUGCGAGAAUACGGCCUGUCCUGCAGUUACUAGUGCUGACGAAACAAACUGCUGCGUACAUCAUGUCAAUGCCCAUUCCUGUCCACUGGCUGGACUUCCUAACGCUCUAUGUGGACCUUGGAUACCACCCACUGGCAGUGUAUUCACGCAUUCUUCAGUACUAGUAGGCCCAGUACAACAGGGAAAUUGGACAAGUCAUAUAGGCGGACUGUACGAAGAAGGCUUAACAGCGCUCAUAGCUCAUUUUAAAGUGGCUGGCCUCCACUUGGCCUUGGAAAUAGAAACUAAAGUGCUAUCAAAAACAGAUUGUGGGGAUGGGACAUGUGCCGCUGGGGAGGAUUGUGAGACGUGUCCUAAGGACUGUGGAUCAUGUCCAUUGAAGUCAUGGGCGAUAGCUCUUAUUGUUACAUUUUUAGUCAUUGCCGUAACUGCAGCAUGUAUCGUAUUUGGAUAUUUUCGAUAUCAGCAAAGAAAGCUAUUAUGGGACGAAUCAUGGAUAGCUAAACACGAUGACAUCAAGGAAGAUGAUGGACUAAGAGGUGCAUUUGGCAGUAUGAUCAGUGUGAAUUGUUCCAGUAAAAACGACAUUAGCGGGACAAACAGCAUGGCUAUGUCCGCAACACGAAAACAAGUGUUUGCUAAAACAGCUAUAUUCAAAGGUAGAACAGUUUGCGUCAGAAAAAUAAAGAAAAAAGAAUUUUCACUUACAUCAAAGAUACGAAAAGAAGUGAAAGCUACUAGGGAGUUAGAUCAGUUAAACCUGUGUAAGUUUGUAGCAGGCUGUAUAGAUGUACCAAACGUAUGUAUACUAACAGAGUAUUGUCCUAAAGGAAGUAUCAGUGAUGUUCUGAUGAAUGAUGAAGUGCCACUGAACUGGGCAUUCAGAUUUUCAUUUGCAAGCGACAUUGCAAGAGGCAUGAAUCAUUUACAUGAUCACAAAAUAAUCCAUGGAAGACUAAAGAGUAAUAACUGUGUAGUGGACGAUAGGUGGACAGUGAAAGUCACAGACUACGGACUUACAGAAUACAGGAUAAAGGACAAAAUGAUGGUAGACCUUGAUGACGACGAUGAUAAUGAUGAUGAUUAUUACAAGGAAAUGAGAACACAUGUUUAUCGUGCACCUGAGUUCACCGGACAAUCUUCAUACAUCCCCACUCAAGCCGGAGAUGUUUAUGCCUUUGCUAUUAUAUUGGUUGAAAUAGCGACACGCAACGAUCCAUAUGGUGACGAAGAUGUAAAUGACCUUCCCGAAUCUUGGAAACCUCCUGUACCAGACCUGAACCCAGAAUAUGGAGAUAAAGAUAAUACAUGUCCUUGUCCAUCUGAUUAUAUCAAUUUACUGAAUGACUGUUGGGAUACUGUAACAGUAAACAGACCAGACUUUGAUACUAUAAAGAAAACUAUCCAUAAAAUCAAUCCCCACAAGAUGAGUCCAGUAGACCUAAUGAUGGCAAUGAUGGAGAAGUAUUCCAAACAUUUAGAAUCUAUAGUAGCGGAGAGAACCCAGGACUUGGUACACGAGAAGCAGAAAACCGACCGAUUGCUUUACAGCAUGUUGCCAAGGUCCAUUGCUGAUGACUUAAAAAUUGGCAAAUCUAUUGAAGCAGAAUGGUUUGACAGCUGUACCAUUUACUUUAGUGACAUUGUUGGAUUUACAACCAUUUCCGGUGGGAGCACACCGAUACAGGUGGUACAGUUACUCAACCAAUUAUAUAUUACCUUUGAUGAUAUUAUCGACAAAUAUGACGUAUAUAAAGUAGAAACUAUCGGCGAUGCAUAUAUGGUUGUUUCCGGAAUACCUACACGGACAUGUGUGCAUGCCCGAGAAGUUGCUAAUAUGUCGUUAGAAAUAGUAGCCGCAUGUAAAGUGUUUGUCAUACCACAUCGACCAUCAGAACCACUGAAGAUAAGAGUAGGACUUCAUUCAGGUCCUGCUUGUGCUGGAGUUGUUGGUUUGAAAAUGCCGCGAUAUUGUUUAUUUGGAGAUACUGUAAAUACAGCAUCCAGAAUGGAGUCAAACGGAGAAGCUUAUCGAAUUCAUAUGAGUAAUUUUACAUAUGAAGAACUGAAACAAAUGGGUGGAUUUGACUGUGAAUCAAGAGGAACAAUUCCAGUUAAGGGUAAAGGAGACAUGAAGACAUGGUGGUUGGUUGGACAUACCAAAGAUUACAACAAAAUUCAUGAAUCAUUUGUCAACCCAGUAAUUCCACAAGGUAGAUUGACACCUAUCGACAGUUCAAGGCCAGAUGUGUCAGAUGCUGACAUUCCAGAUUUAGACAAGUCAAGGAAGAUUAGUAACAUCAGUACUUCAAACGAUUCAGGCUACAAUGACAAAGCUGAUGACAUUCUACCUGGAAUAGACAUGUAACACGUGAUUUAGUAGACAGAAAUAGACAGCAUGUGUGCAAUACCUUGACUUUGGUGCUUAGCUGUCUGAAAAGUAGUGAAUGUAGCAUUGAUAAAAGUUUGAAUAUUCAUUCCUAUGAUGACGAUGUCUAUAUUUUUCUGGACAGUACUUAUGAUAUUUAUACCCUUUUUAGAGAAAACUAUAUAACAAAUAAAUACCACAGUCCAAGAAAACAAAGAAGAUUAUAAAUCUGAAAAUUCAUACAUUGUCGUAGUGACGCUCCAAACAACUAUGACUUUACUGACAUCGUACAUGUUUAAAGAAAUAAAAAGCGAUUAUAGUAUUAUAUAUUGCAUCAUGCAAUUACAGUCGCAAACGGCUUUAAAGCUCUAGACCAAAUGUCUUUUAGUCUAUUUAUGAAGAGAAUGCAAGAUCUAAGACAAGAUUCCCUCUUCUCGUAGAUAAUCUGCAACAAAUUGUAUAAAUAUUAAUGUACAAAAGGUGAUAUAAAGGAUACGUUGCCAAUCGUUUUGAUUGAAAAUCAGAAACAUGGUUACUGAAAGAUCAAUUUUAAAGUCUAACAUAUACACCUUUUACUGAAAGGAUUACUAGUAUUUAACGAAUCUUCCAUUUCUACUGAUUUUAAAGUGCUCACAACUCCUUGUCAAAGACUUUAACAUUUUGAAUAGACAAGCAAACAAGAAUCAAUCAAAACUAAUUUCAUGCAGAGUCAGUUUACUCCAAAGGUGCAUGAUAAGCUAAUUUAGGAGUUUAAAUAUACGUCUUUAUCAUUUAAGGUGAACAAACCUUGUUAGCUGUUAUAACAGAUUAAGUGAUAAUACUGAAUGAUAUGUCUCACUUAUUUUAAUAAACUACAACACAUUUG